AUAAGGGGACCGCUGAUUAUCUUGCUAGAUUUGUUUGGGGUUGUUGGAUACGCACUUAUCCUUGGAAACACUAGCAGCGGAGUCAAAUACUUUGCGUGCUAUCUCAUCUGCAUGUGCUUGUACGUCCCGGGGUUGAACGAAGCCUGGCUGGCCACGAACCUAGCUCCAAGAUUCAAGAGGGCCAUGGGUCUGGGAAUAAAUCAGACUCUGGGAAAUGUCGCAGGCGUUGUGAGCGCACAGGUCUACCGAAAGCCUCCAAAAUACGUACUGGGUCAUGCAUUUACUCUUGGGUGCAUUGGAAUGGGAAUUGUGUGCUCAGGGUUGAGCACGGUUCUCCUCGUUCGUCGCAAU